GCGAUGGGGCUCCCGGACUCGGAGUCGGGCGGGGUCCUCAGCGCGAUGUCCACGGCGCUCAACGACACGGUGGAGUUCUACCGCUGGACCUGGUCCAUCGCAGAUAAACGAGUGGAAGACUGGCCUCUGAUGCAGUCCCCCUGGCCCACGCUGAGCAUAAGUACUCUCUACCUCCUGUUCGUGUGGCUGGGUCCAAAGUGGAUGAAGGACAGGGAGCCAUUUCAGAUGCGCUUUGUGCUCAUCGUCUAUAAUUUCGGGAUGGUUUUACUUAACCUCUUCAUCUUCAGAGAGUUGUUCAUGGGAUCAUAUAAUGCAGGCUACAGCUAUAUUUGCCAGACUGUAGACUAUUCCAAUAAUGUUAAUGAAGUCAGAAUAGCCGCUGCCUUGUGGUGGUACUUUGUGUCUAAAGGAGUGGAGUAUUUGGACACAGUGUUUUUUAUCCUGAGGAAGAAAAACAACCAAGUUUCUUUCCUCCAUGUGUAUCAUCACUGUACCAUGUUCACACUGUGGUGGAUUGGAAUUAAGUGGGUUGCAGGGGGACAAGCAUUUUUUGGGGCCCAGAUGAACUCCUUCAUCCAUGUGAUCAUGUACUCCUAUUACGGACUCACGGCCUUUGGCCCUUGGAUCCAGAAGUACUUGUGGUGGAAGCGGUACCUCACCAUGCUGCAGCUCGUCCAGUUCCAUGUGACCAUUGGACACACGGCGCUGUCUCUGUACACUGACUGCCCCUUUCCCAAGUGGAUGCACUGGGCCCUCAUCGCCUAUGCCAUCAGCUUCAUAUUCCUCUUCCUCAACUUCUACGUGCGGACAUACAAUGAGCCUAAGCAAGCCAAACAUGGGAAAGUAGCCACGAAUGGUAUUGCAGCCAAUGGUGUGAGCAAAGCAGAAAAACAGCUAGUGUUAGAAAAUGGCAAAAGCCAGAGAAAUGGAAAGGCAAAAGGAGAGUAAAUUGAACGGGGCCUUAACUGUGCUUAGCAGUGAGAAAACGCCUAUGUCACAUACAAUUUCAGGGACAUCAGAAGAAGAGGGGUUGGGGUGGGGAGAAAAGGCAAAUGUGCUCUGUGUACUAGAAACCUUUAGACUGAGUAAAGUAUUCCAUACAAUACCCAGAUGUUUUAUUUAUAAAGUUUUUAUUUUAGACCUUUUUUUUUAUUAGCCUUGAUCUUAUCCAUACCAAAGCAGUCUUAUUGUGGCUUUGGAUGUUCCCGUCACUCACGUCCACUCGUCGGAUGGGUGAAGGUCUCAUGUGUCUCACAGUCACUCAUCCUUCAGUCUGGAUUUUUAGAUGAUCACAGAAACACAACCUUUAUGAAUUUUUUUUAUUUUAGUUAACUUCCCAAUGGUACUUACUAAUUAAAAUCAAUUACCUUCCAUUUUCUUGCCCAAAGAUGGAAAUGUGUAUGGCGACAUUUGAAUUUGUGCAUUUGAAUUUGUUUCUUGUCCAUGAUGUUCAGCUCUCUCCACCUCUGUAGUUAGAAGAUACCCUUUUGGUCGUAAUUAAAUUUUUUAAAAUCUGCUGAUCUCUGUAGAAUCUUAGAGGCUUGAUGAUGAUGGUGUUGGUGAAAAAAUACGAAAGACCAGGAAGAUCCCUUCCUAGUGACCUGCAGGUCACCAGAUGCGUGGCACAAAUCAUUGUGGGAAACAUUUUUUUUUCUUUUUGAUGAAAAGGCAGCCUUUGAAUAGUCAUAUCAUUAGCAAAAAUCUAUUAUGAAAGUUAAGAUUAUUGUCUGAUUGAAACAUGAAACAACUCAUAUCUUACUAGUGACAUCAUAAAAUAGUUACAUUCAUGUACAGUUAGAAAUCUGAGAGCAUGUUGAUUUUUAUCAGGCUUUCCUUGUUUUGAUUUGCGGCUGUUAUUGAUUUUUCAUAUGUGGAAAUAUACCUACCUCUUCUGUUGGAAAGAACAUUUAAAAUGAAAUAAAUUUUAAUUUAAAAAUAUCAAGGAGUCUUCUAAUGUAAAUUUUAACUUUCGUUUUAACUUACAAUUCCUUGGAGAAAUAUAUACAUAUAUAUAUAUAUGUGUGUGUCUAUAUAUGUAUAUAUGUAUAGCUUUACAAAUAGCAUACACCCAACAUUUUUUUUGUCAAUCUUUAUCUGUGCUGUCAGUAUAUUUAAUUUGGGAGUGAUACUUCCCAUGUGACUAAGUUGCAACGUCUUAUUUAUUAAUGAGAUAUGAAGUGUAAACCUAUCUUCUUGGUGCAAUUGUCUUGACUCCUUGGUGCUAAUGAUUGUUCACUUCAGUGCUGGAUGUUACAAAGUAUUUAUUGUUAAAAGAAAAGAUGAAAAAACUGAGAGCAGUCUGAUCAAGUUAAAUUUUCUGUUUGCAAGUGAAAUAUUUCACGUAGUAAGAAUGAGCAACUGGAAGUAAAGUAGAAAAGAACUGACUAACACCAAUUUGUUCCUUAGGAGACGAUGUCACAGGGAUCUUUAUGGAAAGAGAAAAAUGUGACAAAAAUAGCAUGAAUAUUUCUAAGUAUCUCAACAAACAUGUAAAACCUGCAUGGGUAAGAUGUAUGCUAUUUGUACAAACUCUUUGACGCUAUUUUGUAAAGCUAUAAAAUAUUUAUUGUGCAUUAACAUGACAUACUUUCCCCUGCAAGGCAUGUAGUCAUGAAAAUUACCUAAAAGUUGGAGCACAGAUGAUAAGUUUGUAAGAUUCCAUACCCGCGUCUCACUCCCAGUGUGUAAUGACUAGAGAUUUGUAAUUCUUUACGAACAUUCUGUAUUAGUUGAAAAGCUUCUUUCCCAGCACUUGAUUUCAGCAUAAUAAAUAUACUACUGAUGUAGGAAACAUGA